AUGGAAUCGCCUCCAAAGCGCCGUAGGACUAGGGAGGCUACGGGCGCUGCCACAGGCGUGUCGCAGUCCCUUGCGCCUCGCAGGGAGUCGCGCUCUCCGAGUCGGGCAUCCUUCCAGUCACCGACGCGGGCAAGCCUAGCCAGGUCGCAUCCCGAAGUCCUCGAACGCGCCAUAAGCAGGUCACCAAGCCGACGACCGACGAGUCGAGGGAAUCAAAAUGACCGCCCAGAGCAGACGGACUCAAGGAGCGUUGGCCUACGCGGCCGCAAAGCGCUUCGACCUUCUUUAAAUCCCUCGAGUCCUCUUAAAGCACCAAGAAUGUCCGGAUCGCCAAUGCUGCUGUCACCCAGCAGACGUGCAAGUGGUAUUCAAGCAUUUUCAAAACCACCCCGCCGACUGUCAAAAAGAAUCUCAGCAACAGAUUUUACAUUCGGUUCGCCAAUUCGCAGACAGUCGCAACCAGCAGAAGAUCUCCUCAAUACCCCAGAGGGCCAGCUAGCUUUAGAGCUAGGCACGGCAACCCAAGAAGCAGACAUCGAACCUGAGAUGGAACCUGAUCUGAGUGGUGGAUUUGUGGACGAUGACUCUCUGGAGCCAGAUCUUCCUCCAACCCCGACGCAAUUAGGUUUGGAAAAAGCACCUGAUCGACCGCGGGGUCUCCUCAGCAGUAGCCCGAGUGCAAGGCAUGAGAAAAGAAUGAAACGACGGACCACAGACAUACUUCAAGGGAGUCCACUGAAGACGCUCAAGUUUCAACCGCCCGCGGGAGAAGAUUCAAACCAUGACACCGAUUCGACACGAGACAGCCACUCUGCAGCUGUGCUCGAGAAGCAAAGAUCUCGGAAGAGCCUUGUUGCAGAGCUGCGUCGAUUGAAAGACGAUGUGGCUGAGCUGAGCAAAUGGGCCGAAAAAGUUGAUUCCAGCGAGAAUUUGUCUAACGACACGAAGGAGCUCAACAAGUUCUUGAGCCUCCUCAGAGAGGAGUCUUCGUACAUACAUGAACCGCUGCCCUUACGUCCCACGGUAUCAAUAUCCGCGCUUCUUUCCACCCUACUCCCAUUCUCCGCCAAUCUCUCUCGCCCAACCCCCCAGGCAUCUCCGCUUCCCACAAACCCAUUUGCCUUGACAGAGAUGCCGCAGGCGCCAUCAUAUCUUACCGUGCUCGCUCCCUUGACACUCCGUGCGCAUACAAGCCGCUCAGCCUCGAAAUCGAUUUCCUUACUAGAGACACACACCUUGGCAUUCUCUGCACCGUCUCCAUUCCCGUCCUCUUUGUACAAUGUGUCUGUGGUAUACGAAACGAACCCCGAAACACAGACCAUAAUCUCCGUCUCGGUACCUACGGGCAGCGACAGCAACAAACGAAGAGUGCCUGAGGCGCUCCGGCAAUGGAUUGACUCCCGGUUAGAGAAUUCACUCCUAGCCCUUGACGUGGCAACCCUGUGCUGGGGCAUCAAUCGAUAUUGGGAAGCGUCAGUGGCCCGUGCCCAGUUAUGGGCGCGAAUCGACCACAAUCACGGCAGUGGUUCUUCUAAACGCGCUAGAGAGUCUGAGUCUUUCCCCGAAUCCCUGAACGGCGUUAUCUCGGUUUCUGAAGUUCGACACCUUGUCCCACAUCUCGAGCGUUGCACGAUGAUUGUCAGGGCGGGGCCCUCCACCAGCAGUCUUCGUGUACUUCUCUCGAAUGCUUUGAUCAUGGACGAGUGGACUGGAGAGCCACAGCUUCGACCCGAGCUCAGUGUGUCGACCUCGAGUGGUGGCAGUGGGUCGAGCAAGAAGAUUAACCGGGAGAUCAGAAAAUUAUUCCAUGCGCUGCUAUGUGAGGAAGGGCCUUCCACGACUGGCGGUGCGGCGGGAGGACUUCACGGGGAUGCGAUUCUGCGAGCAACUGCGGGUGCUCUCGGUGCCUUAUUAGUCGGUGCUUGA